CGCUGGCUCGUUGGCUCGCUGGCUGUGGUUUGCUUGCCGCUGGCUGCUGGGGGCCGGUACAAAUGACGUGCAGACUGUCACAGCUCCGGCAAGGUGUUGGGAGCCAUCCCUUUUGUGGCGCCACGGACCGCGAACACCAAGCCGCCGUGGCAAGUCGAGGCCAGCCGACAGGAUUCCUCAACCAACACUAUUUCCUGCACCAGAGGAUUGUUGAGGCGAGAGCGGGACGCCAUAUGAAAUACGGACUACGCCGGCCUAAAAUACGGCAAAGCAAUACUCUAAUCCCGGCUGGGGCACGAUGUAUCACCGGUACUCGAUCCAACAACUCUGGGGACUCUUGGGUGCGAAGGUCUCCGGAUGAAACGAAAACCGGUGGCCACGGUGAGCGGCAAUAGUCCGAGGGUGGUGAAAAGUGGGUGGCAUCUGGGGAUUCUCGGCCGACUUGGAGGUUUUGCCUCCGUGAGACACAUGCAAGGAAGGUCUGGAGAAGAACAAAGUCGGGGCCGCCGCCCUACAUUACCUAGACAGAAACACGAAACCGCGCAACGAAGUACGAGCUCCAUCGCCCGGCGUCUCGCUUUGUUUCCAGC